AUGCCGACUAGCGGGGCUCCUCCGACAUACCAGUACAGGAAGCACAGCAAGUCUUUCACCGGCUGCUGGACCUGUCGAGGACGCAAAGUCAAGUGUGAUGAGCUCCGGCCGAAGUGUAGCCAGUGCACACAGAAGGGGUUGGCUUGUGGUGGCUACGAUGUCCGGUUGCAGUGGAUCACACCGGAGACAGGGGACGGUUCUGAGGCCCCGAAUCCGCAGCUGAUCCCAAUCACAAGCAGCCAUAGGAGCAGAAUAACUAUGGGCUCGCCACUACCCAGGCUAUCAUUUGAGAAGAUUGAUAACAUUAUACUCACACUUGACUCAUUUAAUCCUAAGGACUUGAGAAACACCGAAAAGAACAACGAUCGGUCUAAGUUUCUCAAAUGUUUCGGAGUCUUUGGCGCAGUGGAUGAUCAUUCUUCAGUCAGUCUGGUUAUGCCAUCAACAUCAUCGGCACAACCAACCUCCAACAAUAUCGAUGUCAUACCGUCGCCUAACAACUCCUCCGAUCUGGACACUCUCCCGACCACGGAUAAUGUUCAAUUUUCACCCCCACAGGAUAUUGAUAACUCACUCCCUCUCACCACUUUCCUUGACAACCAAAUCUUUGGUGUCCCAGACCCUCAUUAUGAUGAUAUAUCCCUAGGGGAGGCUGACCUUGGUUGGCUUUUUGAUACCCAAAACCCAGACUCACUAUCCCAGGAUCUCGAUGUACAAUGUAAGACGAACUGGCUUUUCGGAAGCCCAUCGUGGCACGAACCGUUUGAGCCCAUCCCGCGUAGCCCCCCUGUCUCAAAUGGAAUAUCUCAGCAGGAGAGAUUCCUGAUGUACCACUACACGAGCAAGAUCGUCAACCUUUUUGUGGUAUUGGAAAACGUGAAGAGUCCCUGGCAAACUAUCCAUAUCCCGCGGGCUCUACAGAGUGCAGGUGAACUUGUUGUGAUGGGCUAUUCGCCUCCAUCCAAAAAUGCACUGAGGAACGCGUUACUAUCAAUCAGCGCGUUUGCCUUGUCAAAUGAGCACAAGAAUCAAGGUAGACUUGACGAUGGCCAGAAAUGGGCCGGCGUGGCGACGGGUUUUCGUGGGAUAGCUAUCAAGCACCUCAAGGAGGCCGUGCAAACCGGCUUCUUCAAUGGAUCGCGCCCCAGGUAUAAGGAAUGCCUAGCGACAAUGCUUUCGAUGAUCUCAAUAAACGUGAUGUCCGGCGAUACGGAAACGUGUGCCAUGCAUCUUGACGGAGCAUAUCGCUUGAUUAACCAAGCAAGAAGCUGGAAGAAGAAGUAUUCUAGCAAAGCCCAAGCGCUCCACCGCAUAUAUUUCUUCCUACGUACAGUCUACGAAAGCACCAGGAUGAAGCCUACGACAGCUCAGAAUAGCAACAGCGACAGCCCCAUGCUAGACUGGGGCACGUCGGCUGAGGCUAUAUCAGGCGUCCUCCCAGAGGAUGGUCCAACAUCAGAGGGCCGCUCGCCAUCUGACCAAUAUUCGAAUGACAUGUGUACAUACGCACACAUCUACGGGGUGCCUCACAGCCUACUCAUCCUGUUAAACAGGACCGUCGAGGUUGUUCGCAUGGUCAUGGAGGAGCGGGAGCGGACAGGAGUCCGAGGACUGUCGCCAGAUUUGGCGGGCAGAUGCGACGAAAUGGAAUUAGGCAUCGUGGAGUGGCUUGCCGAUCCGAUAAACGACCCUGCAUCUCCGGGAAGAGUAACUCCAACAAACUCGAUCAUCAUGGAGCACAUGACUCGGGCUUUCCACAACGCCAUCAUCAUAUACUUUGCACAGCACGUUCGCCUGCUAAAGCACCAGUAUCUUCAACCAUUCAUCAUUAAAGUGAUCGAUAGCAUAGAGAUCAUAGAAAGGAUCAAGGCCGAAGCACACAUCUUCGCCGCGCCACUCUAUUGGCCUGCGUUUAUAGCAGCCAGCGAGGCAUUUGAACCUGCUCUGCAAGAGCGAUUCCAGAAAUGGUACAGAGAUGUGGAGAUUUACGGAAUUGGGUGUAUUAGAACAGGAACCCAGGUGCUGUCAGAUGUUUGGGAUAAAGGCCCGUGCCCAGGAGCUACGCUUACUAGUAUAUGGAGGAUGGCACUUGAGAGACGAGGCGAUAUCCUGUUGUUAAGUUGA